UCAAUAUCUGUAAAUGUCUGUCGCUCUGUCCACUGCUCUGUCGUAACAUUCGCGUGUCAAGUAUUGUGCAGAAUAUUGAUCUUAAGUUGUGCGGUGUUUUCGCGAGUGGGGAGCUAUGUUAAUUCUUGAAGUGAAUUUGCAACAAAUAAACAAAUAAGUGCAAAUUAGCGUAAGAAUUAAUAAAAAGUUGAAGUGAAGUCAACAAUUAAUUGCCUUCCAUCAAUAACACCAUUAUUUUCAUUUGUGGUUGAAUAUUUUGAAAGUAAUUACAAAUGAUACAUAUACUGACUUGUGUAUGCAAAUUUAGUUCUUCAUAAUCACCUGCAGAUGUUCAAUAAAAAUUGGAAACAAAUUUCUGUUCCAUAAUGACCACCAGCAUAACUCUUGCUCUUGAUAAUGUGGAUGUAAGUGAAAAUACAGAACAAAUUAGUAAAUUAUUCCCUAAGUGUCGGCCAAGAAGUGAUAUAAAUCUUAAUCCUGUUAUUGCUGCUAUUAGAGAACACGAUAUUGAUAAUGAAAAACCUCCUGCAAUGAACAUUGAAAAAAGUAAUAAUGACAGGUGGGAAGAACCAAGUAAUGAUAGUAAAGAAACUGAAACUCAUACACGCUUAUCAGAAAAUGAAGAUGAAUUAAUAGAAUCUGAAAAUUUAGAACCACUUCAUAACAAAUUACAUGAUCCAAGGAUAAUAGAAAUUGCUGGGGGAAGGGAAAUUUAUUCACAAAGUAGAAGUAAAGCAGUAAGAAAAUCUAGAAAUUCGAAUAAUUUUAAUGAUGAAUCUGAGAAAAAGAAAUGUCAAAAGUCACCUAUUGGUCAUGGAGUGUGGGAACUGAGAAGUCAUUGUGAUGAAUUAAAGAAAGUAAAAAAUAACAAACAGUUCACUGAAACAGUAUUUUCAUCUGAAGUAUCUUCAAUAAGUCAAAACAGCACAGUAACAGAAAAUGAAAAAAAUAAUGCCGCUCCAAAUAUUAAAUAUCCGGGCGACGUAGUUGUAUUUGAUGAUAUUGAAGAUCAGUGGAAUCAAGAUAGAUAUAAAAGUGUUACAAAGUAUCCAGAAGUAAAUCACAGUGAUAAUUCUGUUAAAACAAAACUAGAAAAAGCAACAACCAUGAUAGGAAAUUUACCAAUUGCAGUGUAUGAAGGUUCGCCGAAACGAUACGGACCCCGUCAUGUGGAAACAAAUUCACAUCCUCAGUUACCAAGUGCACAAAGUUUACUUGCAUCCCCAAGUGUCUGCUUACCAAGACCAGGAUUUCCUCAAAGGGUGAUUACAACAACUUCAGAUUCGCCUGAAACAAAUAUAACAAUUGAAACCAGUGUAGCAAGUAGAAAAUCACAGCCGUUGCCACCACAACCGACAACUGCAUCUACAUUUGAUUAUUUAUACGAAUUUUCGGAAACUAGGAAAGUAUUAGAAGAAUUUUUCAAAUGCCAACCAGAAGAAAAUAGAUUAGAGACGGAAUUUCAAGAUUUGGAAUACGAAUUACGGAGGCCACAGGACACUUCCGGUAGUUCUUAUGUUGGACAAAGACUGGCAAAAGGACGGAGAGACCAUAUGGAAUUUCCUUUCACGGUUACGUCCCCAAACAAGUAUCCAAUCACUGGACAUCAGGAAUAUGAAGCAACAGAACACGAUAACAAUUUUUUAGAUUUAUCAGUUGGGACAGGUUCUAGUGAAGAUCUGGGUGAAACAGAAGUUGGUUUACAAGUUGGGCAAAGCAGGAAUUUUACGCUAUCACCUGAAACAACUGAUUGCGAUUCUAAUUGUGGCGAUUUGGACAGUGAAGUUUCAUUGAUGGUGAUGGAAAAUGAAAUUGUUCCAUCCGUUGGACUGCUAGGAUCAAACGGAAAUAUUAGUAUGACUAAUGAUUCUUCAAGGCUGUGUAGUAGCAUGCCCGUUUUAGAAGAUGGUCUGUCUUCGGGCCAUGCUAGUGAUACAGAUAACAAUAAUCCCGGAGUAAUUUCGAAAAAACAUCAUGACGCAGAUAUCAGUAAAAGUAGCAACGGUAAACAAGUAACGACAGUAAACGGUUCAGAAAAUGGCAUUUCUCUUCCAAAGGAACUCAUCAGUGUAUCGCCUAUAAAUUUAAACAACUGUAAAGGAGGAUUUGAAGAAAUACUUUCACACAUGGAUUCUCACAGCGAGAAAACUCCUCCACCACCUGCUCCGGCUCCCUACCGUUGUUUAUCAGGCGAAAAAGGUGAAGAUGUUGAGGCUGCCAUACGCGAUAUUCGUUUAACUCUUCAACGAACUAAAACACUACCGGCUAAUUACUAUGGUGAAGAACCUGAUGAAACGAAUAAUGUUAGUCCUGUGUGGGUACCAAGACAAAGGGGUGUAUCAGGAGUCAGUAUUGAUUCCGAUAGAAAGGUUCAAAGUGGCGAAGAAGGAGGUGAUGAAGAAGAGGCUGAUACUGAUUUAGAAACCGACAGACUUUUAGGACAACAAAGAACUGACGACCAAGGAUUUUAUGACGAUAAGGGUUGGAGAAAACCUAAAAGUCGGACUAUAUUGCCUCCACAUUGCCUUUCUACUCCAAAUCAUAUGCAUGCCUUAAAUGAAGGAGUUAUGCCUUUGAUUUCUCCUGACUCCCAAAAUUCUAGACCCUCCUCACCCACAGCCACUUCAGACAAAAGUCGGUCCCCUCAAAGCCAAAAAGGAUCUACUGCAUCAGUUAAACUUAAAAAGGAGAAAGAUAUCAAAAAAAAAGGUCGCAACAAAGAAGAUACAUUUGAUCACUCAGUGCUGAUAGAAGGGGUACUUUUUCGUGCGAGAUACUUAGGUUCUACUCAACUAGUUUGUGAAGGUCAGCCCACCAAGACAACAAGGAUGAUGCAAGCUGAAGAAGCUGUUUCUAGAAUAAAGGAGGUACCCAACCAAAUGAUUGAAAAUUGCGAGCCGUUUUUUGACGCUACCACUCCUGAAAAUGCUAAUUCUAACGAUGAUGCUUCGUCUGUAUUAGAACCUAAACCUACCUGCGAGCCUGAUACACAAGUUAUGUCGGUAAAUGAUUCAGAAAAAAAAGUAUAUGAAGGGACUCGGCACAUGCACAAUGCCCAUUCACUGCAAUUGGGUGUUGGAACAAAUGGGACUGUGUUUCGUCUUCAGUUUCUUGGAUCCGUUGAAGUGGAUGAGGAAGGAGGUCGGAAACGUCGAAAAAGACUAAAGAAAAAUAUGGUUGAAGUUGCUGUUACAAAAAUUAAGGCACCCGACGGAGAAAGUCAACCUAGUACAGAAGUGGACCUGUUCAUUUCAACAGAGAAAAUAAUGGUGUUAAACACGGAUUUGAAAGAAAUAAUGAUGGACCAUGCUUUAAGAACAAUCUCCUAUAUUGCUGACAUCGGUGAUUUGGUGGUAUUGAUGGCCCGGCGUCGUUUUGUUCCACACGAAAUGGAAGAAGCUCCAAAAAUCAACCGAACUCCUAAAAUGAUUUGUCACGUCUUCGAAAGUGAAGAGGCACAAUUUAUAGCUCAAUCAAUUGGACAGGCAUUUCAAGUGGCUUAUAUGGAAUUUUUAAAAGCAAAUGGAAUUGAAGACCAUAGCUUUGUAAAAGAAAUGGAUUACCAAGAAGUUUUAAAUUCCCAAGAAAUUUUCGGCGAUGAACUACAAAUGUUUGCUAAGAAAGAAAUGCAAAAAGAGGUUGUCGUACCGAAAACCAAAGGUGAAAUUCUAGGCGUAGUAAUUGUUGAAUCAGGAUGGGGUUCAAUGUUGCCCACAGUUGUAAUUGCUAAUUUGGCCCCUGCAGGAGCUGCAGCUAGAUGUGGCCAAUUAAACAUUGGUGACCAAAUAAUAGCGAUUAAUGGUAUUAGUUUAGUAGGCCUUCCCUUGUCUACUUGUCAGAAUUACAUAAAAAAUUCGAAAAAUCAAACCGUCGUUAAACUAACUGUCGUUCCUUGUGCUCCUGUAGUAGAAGUUAAAAUAAAACGGCCUGAUACUAAAUAUCAGCUCGGCUUUAGUGUUCAAAACGGAGUGAUCUGCAGUUUACUUCGUGGAGGAAUUGCUGAAAGAGGUGGCGUACGGGUAGGACAUCGUAUUAUAGAAAUUAAUAAUCAAAGUGUUGUUGCUGUUCCUCAUGAGAAGAUCGUAAAUUUAUUAGCUACGUCAAUAGGCGAGAUUUUAAUGAAAACCAUGCCAACUUCAAUGUUCAGGUUACUAACAGGUCAGGAAAAUCCAGUAUAUAUCUAAAUCGAGUAACUAUUUAACUGAAAGUGCCUAAUAUACUAGAUAUUAUUUUGUAAUAGACAUCAUUGAUUGAUCUAUUGUCCCUUUGUUGCGAAUGUAAAUAUUUUUUAUUGGGCGAGUUCUAUAUAGACAAUAUUUCUUCGACAGUAAUUGUCACAAUAUACGCUUUUAUGGUGCAAUAGUCCAUAUCUUCGUGCUUCUUGCACAUUUAGCUUGCAUAAAAAAAAAGUGGCAAGUAGAUUUACCAAAUAUUUGUGAAAAACUUUCUAUGUUGACUGCUCUUUUAAGUAUAAUUACAGUUAAAAAUAAGACGCAUAAAUACUUUAGCUUCUUCUAAUGCACACUGCAUCUACUUUUUUUUUAAUAUUCAUUCAUAACGAUUCUAAAAUGUUAUCUUCAUUUUCGAUAUCAGGCAUUCCUAACUGAAACAUACUACUGAUAAGCAAAUGUGUUGUUUUAUCUUGUGUAUCGCAUGCAGGAAUUAAUAUUUACAAAUGUUUGUGAUUUUUUAAUGAUCUGGUAACGUAUAAAUGUGUUUUAAAAUACUUGGCAUUUUUAUGUUUGUUGCUUUCAUUAUUCAUAUUAUAUGACUAGUGUUACACUGAUAUCGAAAUUUCAAGUUUCAUAAACUUUACAAAAGACUAAUUGAUUUUAUUUUAUCUAUCAGAAUCAAUACUUGUCAAGCUAUGGCUUAAAUACGUAAAAAAAUGUUACAGGCUUUAUAUAAGUAUCUAGUCAUUGUAAAAUAUUCAUUAUGUUGUCUUUACUUGUAAUAGUGGAAUAUUGAAUGUUCUAUUACUACCUAUGAAUAAAAUCACAGCCAAGAGUGCUGUCCAAAGUUUGCAAUUUGAGACUGGCAGAGAACAUUACUACGUUUUCAUAAUGGUUAAUGUUAUAUUGUUUAUGAUAACUGUACAAUUAUGGUAUUAAAAUUAGGUAUAAAGACAACUAGAAUUUAUUUUAUACUUAAAAAACUAAAUAUAACGUUUUGUGUAAUGUCAAAAAUGCAUUUCUUUUAUUAUAUUUAUUUAUUAACACCUUAAUUGACGUAACAUAGUGACCAUAUCAAAGAAAAUUCAUUUGUGUAUGAAAUUAAUUAGUGAUUAGCGUUUAUAGUGAUACGGAUCUCUUCAUCUGUAUAAGUGGUAUGUUUAAUGUAACAGUUGUAAACAAGUUAACUGAAUAAAGAAUACCACUCAUGUGAUUCACAAA